UUGGCAAGGCUGAGGGACUGGGUGGGGAUUGGUGAAUGGAUGGAGUGAUGACUUCAUUCCAUCUUUCAGUGUUAAACUACUCAUAACGCGUCAACAGUUAAGUUCUACAAGUGUAGGCUAUUCUCUAUUAUUUAGUUUCCUAUUUCUCAAUUCCUCAACGUCCGUUUCUCUACCACCCUCCUGUCAAACCCUCGAUUCUCAAUCUCACCUCACCCCACUCAUAAAGCCUCUCUCACACUUAACCAUGGCCGACAGCCACGACAUCAAAUUCCCCUCCCCCGGAAACGUCGUUCUCCGCGGCGGCUGCCGCUGCGGAAACAUAACCUACACCUCCACCAGCCUCCCCACCUCCAUGAGCCACUGCCACUGUCUCGCCUGCCGCCAAGCCUCCGGUUCCCCCUUCCAAACCUUCGCCUCCUUCCCCAUCGACUCGCUCACCUGGACCACACACACGUCGCGCGGCUUGAGCAUAGGUAAUACAUCCGAUGAGUCGGGUUUGAGCUUCUACGAGGCGAAUCCGUGGGCGCGGCGGGGGUUUUGCGGGAACUGCGGGAGUCCGGUUAGGUUGCAUUCUGCGACUAGUCCGAGGGAGAUGUGUAUUGUGGCGGGGAGUAUUGAUGAGGGGAGUGUAAAGGGGGAGUUGGUGAAGCCGACGGAGCAUAUUUUUUUGGAGGAGCAGGCGGGGUGGUUUGAUUUGCCGGAGGAUGGGUUGGGGAGGUUUGAGAGGUUUAGUGAGGGGGAGUCGGAUAGGAAGAUUAAGGCGUGGAUGGAGGAGCAUGGGAGGGGAGGAGGGGAGUAA